AGAUAGAGUUUUAGAGAGAGAGAGAGAGAGAGAGAGAGAUAGAGAAGGAAAUGGAAUCUCCGUCGUCAUCGGCGACGCGCGUGACGGCGCGAUCGUCGAUGAUGGACUCGUUCAGGGGGUGCAGCUUAUCGGGGAUUCGGAUAGACAAGGAGGACUUGAAGAAGAAGCUGCUCAUGCCCACCUACAUCCGCUUCGCCAUGCGUGAUUCCAUUCGCUUGAAGGACCCCACCGCCGGAGACAGCCGUCUGCCCGGAAGCCAUGACCUCGUCGCUGUCCCUUCCGAAGAAAAUGGCGGCGAGGAUGCGGUUGCGCCGGAGAUGCCUAUGGUUGUGUUUAUUAACCCCAAAAGCGGUGGCAGACAUGGACCUAUGCUUAAGGAGCGCCUCCAGCUUCUCAUGGGCGAGGAACAGGUUUUCGACCUCUUAGAUGUGAAGCCUCAUGAAUUUGUUCAGUAUGGAUUGGGUUGCCUUGAGCACUUAGCAGAACUUGGUGACAAGUGUGCAAAAGAGUGUCGGCAAAAAAUCAGGGUUAUGGUUGCAGGGGGUGAUGGGACAGUCGGUUGGGUGCUAGGUUGUCUAUCUGAGCUUCAAAAGCAGGGCAGGGAACCAGUUCCUCCAGUAGGAGUUAUUCCACUUGGAACGGGAAAUGAUCUGUCUCGGAGUUUUGGUUGGGGUGGCUCAUUCCCUUUUGCCUGGAAAUCAGCCAUAAAAAAAACUCUUUACAGAGCUACUACCGGUCCUAUUUGCCGUUUGGAUAGUUGGAAUAUUCUAAUACAAAUGCCAGAUGGUACAGUUUUGGAACCACCUCAUUCUUUGAAGCUUGCUGAAGAGUGCACUCUUGAUGAGGGUUUGGAAAUUCAAGGGCAGUUGCCUGAGAAACGGACUUGUUAUGAAGGAGUGUUUUAUAAUUACUUUAGCAUAGGGAUGGACGCGCAAGUAGCUUAUGGAUUUCACCAUCUAAGAAACGAAAAACCCUAUCUUGCGCAAGGUCCAAUUUCAAAUAAGUUGGUUUACUCCGGUUACAGUUGCACACAAGGUUGGUUCUUCACACCUUGCACAAGUGAUCCAAGUUUAAGGGGACUAAGGAAUAUCCUAAGGAUACAUGUUAAAAAGGUUAAUUGUUCAGAAUGGGAGCAGAUUCCAGUCCCUUCAAGUGUAAGGGCAAUCGUUGCUCUGAAUCUUCAUAACUAUGGGAGCGGAAGAAAUCCAUGGGGAAAUCUGAAGCCUGAUUACUUGGAAAAGAGAGGCUUCGUGGAGGCCCAUGCUGAUGAUGGUCUUCUAGAAAUCUUUGGCCUGAAACAAGGGUGGCAUGCAUCUUUUGUUAUGGUUGAACUCAUCUCAGCCAAACAUAUUGCCCAGGCUGCUGCAAUUCGGUUGGAAGUUAGAGGUGGGGAAUGGAAAAAUGCAUACAUGCAGAUGGAUGGGGAACCAUGGAAGCAGCCAAUGGACGAGGAGUUUUCAACACUUGUGGAAAUUAAGAGGGUUCCUUAUCAAUCACCGAUGAUUAGUGGAGACUAAUUCUUACUUGGGUGCUAUUUGUAUUUUAUUGCUGGUGUUUCGUACGGCUGUGAAGUAAUCACCCAAGUGCUCGUAAAUUGUAUCCAUAUGCCUGUAUUUAUCGGUAUCAAAUCGAUUGGUUAGUUAAAAUCCCCAUUGCACUUUGUAGACGUUUAUUUAGUUAAGUAUUGUUUUCCAGAUGUAUUAGUUUGCCUCGAAUAAGUUUUUUUUAUGUAACAUCUAGCUAAAUUGAUACAUUGCCAGAAAACUGGUAGUGAUGCAUUGUAUAGUGUCAAAUGGGAUCAAGUGUGGUGUUGCCUUUUUUUUUUUUUCCCUACCAUCGGGUGUAUAUUCUCAAGCUGUUGUGUCUGAGUGCGCACAUUAGUGUAGCUGUUUUGUGCAGUCACUCAAAUUGGUGCGGCAGGCAUUACCGGCCAAGGAAAUUUGGUCCCUGAACCAUUGCUACGUUAACGAUGGUUGCACAUCCAGCAAUCCAGUUCCCUUGUCCUGCGUGACUUAUCUUUAA